CCGCUAGCUGUUCCCUCUUGUCUAUCUCCGGCGCCGGCGAGGAGGUCACCUCCGACCACGAACAUCUCUGAACACUACCUGUGGUGACGGCCGACGACCAUAGACAAAUUGUUCGAUUUCAGAGGAUGAGGAUGGUGAUGGUUGGUGCUGUGUUCAGACUUUAGGUGAAUCUAAUAGGGUAAUAGAAGAACCCUUAUCGGAUCCGUACCUGCCCAAUGCCUGCCAUCAUCCAAACUACAAAAUAGAUCACUGACUAAAGAAAGCAAAUAUGCAAGGACUUCAUGUUACCCAGUUUUUUCAAAGCUUUUCAUUUCUUCUGCUGCUCCAAAAACGGCUGGGGCUGAUAAUUUCUUUUCACAAGACACAAAUUUCAUAAGAAAAGUUGUUUCAUGAUUGGGAGUUUCUCACGGUGUAGCAUGAUUCCAUGCCUACACUUCAGAAGAAUCCACCAUGGAUUUUCCUUUCUCAAUGUUUUGCUGCAAUUCUCAUAUCAUAGACAUAGUUUGCUCUCAGCUUCUGAGUUGAAAUACCCAGAUGAAGAUUCAAACUCUAGAUCAUUUCCCUCCAAUACUCCAUUAAACAAUUCAAAAGAAACUCCCUUUGUUUCUUCAGCUGUCAACAGGGUGACAGCAAGCAAUCAAUGUUAUGGAAAGGAAUUAGAUGAGGUGAAGUCACGGAACAGGAUGAUCACUGACUAUAUUCGGAGUGGUGAUCUGGAUUCGGCUUAUAACGUGUUUGAAAACAUGCCAGUUAGGACUACUGUCACGUGGAAUUCGAUGCUAGCUGGAUAUACAAAAAUAGCUGGGAGAAUUGAAGAUGCUCGCCAACUAUUUGAUAACAUCCCUGAACCAGAUAUUGUUUCGUAUAACACAAUGCUGAAUUGUUAUAUGCAUAACUGUGGUAUCAAGUCUGCUCAGGCUUUCUUUGACCAAAUGGUAUUCACAGAUACAGCAUCUUGGAAUACAAUGGUAUCAGGUUUCUGUCAAAAUGGGAUGAUGGAUCAAGCUUAUCAAUUGUUUCAAGUGAUGCCUGAAAAAAAUAAUGUCUCAUGGAAUCUUAUGAUUUCGGGUUAUGCUGGUAUAGGGGAUUUGAUUUCUGCUGAAAAGUUGUUUAGAAAUGCUCCUUCUCAAUGUGUGGUUGCAUGGACUGCGAUGGUAACUGGUUACAUGAAGUCUAGGAAGGUUGAUUUGGCAGAGAAAGUAUUUGAUGAAAUGCCUGAGAAGAAUCUGGUGACAUGGAAUACAAUGGUGUCGGGCUAUGUAGAAAAUGGACGAGCAGAUGAUGGUUUGAAACUUUUUAGGAAGAUGGUUGAAACCGGGGUUAAGCCCAAUCCAUCAACCUUAAGCAGCGUACUACUCGGUUGUAGUAAUCUAUCUUCACUAAAAUUAGGUAAGCAAGUACAUCAAUUUGUGAACAAAUCUCCACUUUCUUUGCACACCAUGGUGAAUACUUCUUUGGUUAGCAUGUACUGCAAGUGUGGGGACUUGGAUGGUGCAUGGAAGUUGUUUCUUGCGAUUUCACAUAAAGAUAUUGUCACUUGGAAUGCUAUGAUUUCAGGGUACGCUCAACAUGGUGCAAGCGAAAAAGCUCUUUGGUUAUUCGAUACUAUGAAAAAAAAGGGAAUGAGACCCGAUUGGAUCACAUUCAUAGGAGUUCUAUCAGCUUGCAACCAUGCUGGAUUGGUUGAUCUUGGGAUUCAAUACUUCGAUUCGCUGCAGAAAGACUACAAGAUAAAAGCCAAACCAGAUCACUUCACUUGUAUGGUUGAUCUUCUUGGUCGAGCAGGUAAGCUUCUUGAAGCUUUAGAUUUGAUAAAAAGUAUGCCUUUCAAGCCCCACCCAGCAAUAUUUGGAACCCUUUUAGGCGCUUGCAGGGUCCACAAGAACUUAGAGCUAGCUGAAUUUGCCGCUAGGAAUUUGCUUGAUUGUGACCCUUCAAAUGCAGCUGGUUAUGUUCAACUUGCUAAUGUUUAUGCAGCCAUGAGGAAAUGGGACUGUGUGUCCAAAGUUAGAAGAUUGAUGAAAGAUGAUAAAGUGAUUAAAUUUCCAGGCUAUAGUUGGAUCGAAGUAAAGAGUACUGUGCAUGAGUUUAGAUCAGCUGAUAGACUUCAUCCUGAAUUGGGCUUGAUUCAUGAAAAAUUGAACCGUUUGGAGAAGAAAAUGAGACUCGCAGGCUAUGUCCCUGUUCUUGAAUUUGCAUUACAUGAUGUGGGUGAUCAACAGAAGGAGAAGCUUUUGCUAUGGCACAGUGAGAAAUUGGCAAUUGCUUAUGGUUUACUUAGAAUGCCGGCAGGGGUUCCAAUUCGGGUUUUCAAGAACCUAAGGGUCUGUGGGGAUUGCCAUGAGGCCACAAAAUUUAUAUCAGCUUUAGAGGGAAGGGAAAUCAUUGUGAGAGAUAAUUCAAGGUUUCAUCAUUUUCAGAAUGGAAAAUGCUCUUGUGGUGAUUAUUGGUGAACUUGAUGUCCAUGAGCAUGCUGUUUUCCAGCUAAGGAUAGGUUCAAGCCAUUGAGCCGCCUUUCCGACCACCAAAGCUUCAAACAUAGACGAAUUCAACCAUGGUACAUGGGAGAAUUUUUACCGCAGAUUAAAGAAGACUGAUGUUGGUCUUUGAACACGAUUGGUCAAGGUAUCAAUGGUCCAUUUGAUUGCAUACUAAAUAAAACACAUCUAUUGUGACAACAUUGCUCGUUGCAACAAUCCGUGAUUAUUAGUGGCCAAAGUGUUUUAAUGAUGAAAAAAGGUGUCUCCAGUUUUUGAUCUCUGAAGUUCAUUAAUUGGUGUCGAAAAUCAGCAACAACAGACCCGGUUGAUCUUUUGGUUGAUGAUGAUAAUGAUGGCCCAAGUCAACGCAUACGUAAGCUGCCUGCCUGGGGUUGCUGCUGCAGCAAGAAAUCACCGGCUGGGGGUGUUAGCAGCCAAGCUUCCUGUUGCUGAGGCUGAUAUAAUUGGGUUGAAAUGUGGUAAAAUGGCAUUGAAUAAGUGGUCUCUUAAGCACUUGCAAACUUCUUCUUGGGGCUGUAUAUGUGAAAGCUUGUUUGCAGGAGCAAUUGGGAUGCAAUGAAGUUGGAUGAAGAUCAAGUGGAGUAUGUAUGCAUUGAUGCAUAUGUUUCACACAACAUUUUCUUUGGAAAUUGAUUUAAGUUUAUGCAUAAAAUAUUGUUUA